UUGCAAUUUGAAUUUAAACUUGUAUUUUGAAGGAACCUCGGCUUGACUAUCCUUUCCAAUGGCUUGUAGUCUGAGAACGGUUCUGUGAACGAUGCCGCUUCGCUCGCUCAUAGUCGGUAUUAGAAGUCUUUCAGCUCGAGGAUCUUCAGCCUUCAGCCCCAACAAGUUUGGUUCCCUGCAGCGCAGCGACAUUCCUAUAGAGCGGCUUGUCGUGCCCAAACCAGAGAAGACGAAAGACUUCGCAAAAGAAAAGGAAUUUACUGUCUCCAAAAGAAAGAUAAAGGAGCUCAAAAUUCCAGUCGGUAUAUCGAAAACAGAGCGAGAGCGACUGGAAAAAAUUCAGUCCAGGGAAACACCUCCUCCAAGUCAUCUAUGCUUAAUUCAAUGUUCUAAGCCAGAAUUUAACCUUCUGGAAUGCAAACCGGGUGUCAGUCAUUCUUUAUGCAGUACAUAUUGGGAGAAGAACAAGCACAGCGACGAAUGGUUCAUUAUCAGGCGAAUGACGAAGGAGUCUCCAAGUCAAUUCGCUACUGAAGGGAAUUCAUGGGAACAUUAUGUGCCGGAUCGUCUUGAUCCGCUCAUUCGAGAUGCUCUUGCAGAUCUCUCCUUAAAAACUCCGACUCAAGUCCAGACGCAGUGCUUACAAGCAUUCCCAUCUCGAUACCAUUUAUUUAUUGCAGCCGAGACAGGCUCGGGGAAGACCAUUGCUUAUGCCGCUCCACUAUUUACCAAAUUAUUGCAAAGCAAGCGUAAGGGUUUUGUAGAGAAAGCUGUCAUUCUCACUGUUACGGCACCUCUGAAAAGGCAGACAUUUGCCGCACUUUCGAAAUUAGCAGCCAAAACUGACUUGAGGCUCUCGAUGUGCUCAUCGGAUGCAGGCUGCUCGGGUGAUUUCGACGUGCUCGUAGGCACUCCCGGCUUAGUGGCAAAAACACUUCGCAAACGUGGUGCUUCCUCAGAUAUCAAGCAUCUGGUUUUGGAUGAAGCUGAUAUGAUACUUGAUGAAAGUUUCACUGAUGUUCUGACGGAAAUCUUUGCCUUGGUACCUGUAUCCGACUCCAUCACAAAUCCAAACGGUGAUUCUGAUGGUGCGCGCAUCAUAUUCUGCUCUGCUUCUUGUCCAGAGGAGUUGGAAUGUCUUGCAGAUGGUGUUGUAGACCGCCAGCACCUGCGAUACAUCAAAAGUCCCAAAUUGCACAGUCUGUCUAAGAAUGUAGAACUCAAAUUCAUUCGAGUAAGGGAAAAGGACAAAAUCAUGCGGUUGCAAGGCCUACUCGCAGAAGAUAUGAGACGUGGUGAACUCAAUCAGACGAUGAUUUUCUGCAAGGACCGUGCAACAGCUUCUUUUGUGCAUCAGCAGUUGCAGUCUUUCUCUCAUCCUGUAACAUUAUGCAUCUCGAAUAUGGCUGUCGAUGAAAACUCGAGAAUUUUUGUCGCUACAGAUGUAGCAGCCAGGGGACUGGAUCUACCUCGUCUCAGCCAUGUGAUCAACUAUGAUCUUUCGCGGCACCUUGUCGACUUUCUUCACAGAAUAGGAAGAGUUGGACGCCUCAGCUCGUCAUUUCUUGGACGUGUUACUUCAUUCGUUCGCACACCCAGCGAAGUAAGAUUAACGAACGCUAUUGAGUUGGCCGCUCGCUUGGGACGACCAUUAUCGCAGAUAGAAACUGAUGUAUCAGGCCAGCUGAAGUUGGCUCGAGAAAACAGAGAUUAGAAAAUCUCAUGUGAAAGAAAGCAAAGACUAGAUAGAAGAAUUUUUAUUGUUCUCAAAGAAUAGAAGAAUAA